AUGCUUGCGACGAGUAUCAGCGCCGUGUUGGCCGGGGCCGCCCUCAUUGGGGUGGCGGUGGCAAUAUACGCUGCCGUUCGGCAGUUGCGCGCGGUGCGGCGCAGGGAGGGCGCAGCGUCCGACGCCCGGCCCACGUUUUUCGCGCGGCCAAGCCUGCUGCUGCCGAACGCUCUCCCGCACUACACGCCGGAGUACCCCGACGUGGUCGACGCCUACGUCGUCCUGCCGAGGAGCCAGCUGAGGCUGCUGACGGGGACGAAGGAAAAGAUGGGCGGGACGAACAAGGCCGGGGCUGCCCAGCCCGGCGGCCGUCACAGCCAGCACCCGCAGCAGCAGCAGCAGCAGCAGCAGGGCGUUGCGGAGGGGGCGCGGGGGCAGGAGGAGGAGGCGGCGGCUAUGCGCUCCUCCUCCACCCACUACCGCGUGCGCCCCGGUGAGACCUUCGCGAAGGACGCCGCGGAGGACCCGGCGCUGGCGGCGUCGCUCCACCUCAGAAAGGCGGCCUCCAUUCAUAGGGGGAAAAAUAGACUCAAGGAGAGCCUCACGCUUCUGCGCAAACUGUCGUCGCAUCUCGUCUUUGGCAGGGCUGCCUAUUUGCCUCGGGAAAAGGAACCGCAGGAGGCCGAAGAUGUGGACCUUCCAGGCGUCAUGACGGUCGCCUCCGAGUCACGCACCUCAGCCGCAGGGAGUUCCAUGCAUGUGGUGAGCCUCUGA